GAACCAUCAAAGAAACCACCAUCCUCACUCCUUCACUGGGAUGUUCUCCCUGUGGCUCUAGCUCUUUCAGGCUCUCACUUUACUUGCUUCGAAUACUUCUCUCUCUUCUAUUUGCAUUUCUAAGAUGCGGGCUCUCGAUUCUUUUGCUUGAUUCAACCCAUUUUGCUUAUUGUUUCACAAAGAGGGUAUCGAGCAUUGAUUCGAUUCAACCCAUUUUGCUUAGUCUUUCAGAAAGAGAAUGAAGUAUUGAUUCCCAAAGACAUGGCAACUGCAAUACACCCAAAACGAUCAAAUCCCGUUGGAUAUAGAUUUCAUCCAACUGAUCAAGAACUGGUUGGGCAUUUUUUGAAUCGAAAGAUUCUUUAUCCUGAUGAUGAGAAGAUGCCAAUUGCUGAGCUCAAAGUUUGUGAUUUUGAACCUUGGGAUCUUUCUGAUAAAUCCAAGAUAAAAUCAAAUGAUCAAGUGUUCUAUUUCUUUUGUCCCCGUGAUUAUAAGUAUGCCCAUAGCCGGAGGUCCAACAGGACUACCAAUGCUGGGUAUUGGAAGCCCACCGGUAAGCCUCGCAAAGUGAAAGGUAUUGGUACAAAGAAGCCUAUUGGUACAAAGAGGACUUUGGUUUUCUAUAAAAAGGAACAUCCUAAACCGGUCAGGACUAAAUGGAUCAUGCACGAGUAUGAAUACAUUCCACAGGGGAAUUUCCUCCUCUGUAAGUUGAAGGAUAAGUCAAAGGGACAUGCAAGGAUUAGUGAGACAAAACAGUGGGCUUCAGCUUCUGAAAGUGUGUCGACAGUUGAUUCAUCAUGUGGUGAAUGUGCACCAAGUGACCUUAUGGGUUCCAAUGCUGAAGAUCACAAUGUGGAUGAGAUAACUGCAGGUGAACAGAAUUGCACAGUGUCUCUUGAUUUAGGAAAUCUGGAUCAAAGUGAGGUGACGGCUAAUUCUGCUUCUGAUGAAAGCGAUCUAGGCUACCACUUGGCUUCUGAACCUGAAGAUGAAAAUCCAAAUGAGAUGACUGCUACAUCAACCUAUGAAAAAUGUCAAUUUAGCAGCCAAUUGACUUCUGAUAUUGAAAAUCAUAAUUCAGAUAAGACAAGUGAGAUAUUAGUCUCUGAACAAGAUGAAUGGAGUCCCCAUGCAACAACACCUGAUUGUGGAAAUCACAGCGCUUAUGAUACGACUGAUAUGUCAACACUAUCAUCGCCUUCUGUUUUAGAAAUUAAUGCAGCAGAAGCUCAAUUUUUAGAGGGUCCGCCAACCUUUUUCGAUGAGUUGAAAGCAUUGUGGGAGCCAAAAGACUUUCUUAACUCUGCACUUUUCUCACCUAGGAGGACUGAGGAAAGCCUGUUCUUUAGUAACUUUCUGCUUAGUGGAACAAGUUCUUAAGUAGUAUGCAUUCCAUGAGAAUGGUCCUCUUCCCCAUUUUACUCUCUAACAAGUAUUUAAACUGAGAAUAUAUAUAGUUUAUACUUCUCUGCAUAUUUGAUUUCAAAUGUUAAUUGAGCAUCUGUACUUUGUCUAGCUUCAUGGUAGAUGUGUUUAUGCAAACAAUGUAAUCCAGCACAACUUCCUGCUGGAAUUGAGAGAGAGCUGAAAGUUGUGUGAAAACCAAGAGAAACAAUAAAAGGAAAAGGAGUCUUCUGUUAGUAUCAUCUGUUUUCAAGUAAUGAAUAUAUAUUUUGUCUUCUCUA